ACGUGUCAUUGCGGCUUUGUUUGUGAUAAUCAAUUAUGUUCAUUUCAAAGGAGGGGCUGCUCUAGCAAUCGAUACAGGACUUGCGUUGGCUUCUCGCUACGGACUGUGACUAAUCUCCCCAUAUUAUGUUCCCAGCCAAUCCCAAUCCUGGUAGGACUGAAUGUGUGGCCAUAUGGCAACAUCAGCGGUUCGCGCCCUGCCUCGUCCAUCAUCGUGUGCCAUAAUCAAGGUUUCUUCCCACAACUUGCACUUGAUCGAGCAAACAACAAAUAUCUUUGCCAUCUUAUUUCUGACUUCUCUUUCUAGUCCGCCAAUGCCCUCCAGGAAGAAAAGGUGCCAGCCGGCGGACCAGCGACUUGCCACGCAACGCGAUGAAGAGAUCACGCGACGCCUCGAUGCAGACAGAAAUAGUGCGCGGCGAGUAGCAAAAAUUGCACUCUUUGGCCCGCCAGGCUGUGGAAAGUCGACCUUCCUCAAGAUGGCGCGUUUAGCGCGUUCCCAAGACGCGUUCAGCGACGAAUAUCGAAAGUCUUUGCGCGGUGAAGUAUUCGCCAGCAUCAUUAAGCUCAUGAAGGAAAUCAUUGCAAAACUCGAUGCCUGUGACGCAUUUGAAGAUGAUGCACUCUUAAAGCCGCACAUACUAAUCGUGCUUGAGGCGGCUACACCUUAUGAGCACCAAUCGCUACGCCCAGAUUUAGUGUACGCCCUCAAAAGUCUAUGGGGGGAGAAUCUCAUAAAUGAAAGGGGCUAUGGCAUGGUCGAAGAUGAGGGCCAUGUGGUCGAGUAUGCAGGCAGACACUAUCUCGGCAACCUCGACAGAAUUGGCUCAGAAGGCUACGUUCCAAGUCCUGAGGAUAUAGUCAAGCUACACCAACCGACUCAAGGCAUUACAACGACGCAAUACCCAGUGAAAGAUGGUGAGACCAAGCUUAUGUUCUUUGAAAUUGGACACAUGGUUUCCGAAAGACGAAAGUGGCUCCCUUACAUCGACGACGUACAGGCAAUAGGUUUCAUGGUUCCUUUGUCCAUGUACGGUAGUGGUACGGGUCAGGGAGAGGACGCAGGCUUGAGUUCUGUUCAGCGCGCCUUGGACGAGUACGAUGCCCUCGUUAACUCGCCGCACAAAGGACUCAAUCACAAACCCAUUCUCCUUUUCUUGAAUGGAGUGGACCAGUUCAAACGCAAGCUGCCGUCGAAGUUAAUCAAGGAAGCCUUCCAAGAAUUCGAGGGCCCUGAGUCUUUGAGUGAGGCCGCAAAUUUCAUCCACAACCUCUUCGUCGAGAAGACAGAACAACAGGUCCGGACUGUGUAUUCAAAUUUCACUGCUUCGCUGGACAUUAUGUCAGUGAGAUUCAUUCUUGAAAACGUACAUGAAUGUUUGUUCCAAAGACCACUGCAAGUCUCGAUAUGCUUUUGAGAAUAAAGGGCCACGGGCUCCUAUUGGCUGUGAUUCAGGAAAGUAGGCCCUCGAAGACGUACCCACACAAAUCAUCCACUAAGAGGGUGUCUGGCUUAGUUCCUUCGUUUAACCUGAUCACACUGCCCCCGAGACCAAAUCUACGCACCCUCGGACGGAAGCUAUUUGGAAAAGUCUAUUCGCUUUCUUUCUAUUUCAUGAGCACUUCCACUUGGGGAGGGUUUUAUGUAGUUAAAUCUAUAGACUCUAUAGCGGGCGCGGACGAGAUCAUGCUCGCUGUUAGUUAUGGGACGGGAAGAUAUAUAAGAUACGAUACUCCUCAGAGUCUUCAGGGA